CAAUUGUAACAUUCUAGCACUCCUCCAUUCACAGACCCAAAGAUGGCGUUGAAGGAGCUGUCCUCGUUGGAGAAAUAUUUAGGAUUAAAAAAGCCUAACAAAUACAGUACACUGGGAGACAAAAAGCUGCCUGUGCUGCAGAGCAACAGUGGGCCCCCCCUGGUUGGCUUGGUGACCAUCGCAACCCACCUGGUGACGGAGGCCCAGCGUGGGGAGCUGCUGGGGGGGUCUGCGGAGGGCCGGGCCGUGGUGCAGCAGUGGCUGGAGUACAGGGUCUCCAGGCUGGACACAUGCUCCAGGGAAGACCUCAGGAUCAUCCUGAAGGACCUCAACCUCUACCUCGCCGACAAAGUCUACCUGGCAGGAAACCAGUUUACCCUGGCUGACACCCUCAUGUAUUACGGAGUCCAUCCCUUCAUCGUGGAUCUGGCGGUCCAGGAGAAGGAGAAGUACGUGAACGUGACUCGGUGGUUUGACCACGUGCAGCAUCGUCCAGGCCUCCGUCACCACCUGCCUCCUGUGGUGGUCCUCCGGAACAGAGUCUACACCAGCGGACCCCACUGAUGCCCCCCUGCCCCCGUCCCCCCUGCCCUCGUACCCCCCUUGCCCUCGGGUCCCUACCUGCCCCAGUUGCCUCCUCAGCUUAUGGGGGCACCAGAGGGUGGGUGGUCAUCCUCUCCUGCCCUGCUGGAAGGUCUGUGUCUGUUUCCCUGAAACUCUCCCUCUGUACCUGGUGGGAACAGGCCCACACGCUGUUAUAUCCCUGGGAUUUGUUUUGUUUGUUUUGAGUUGGUCUUUAUAAGCGGAGAUGCUGCAUGCGAGAGUGGGAGCUGGGGGCUCCGUGUUUGGCUGUGGGGUUUUCAGAUCGCUGGCUUUCUGCUUAGCCUGAGCCUUGCAACAUGAACAUAACAGUAGUAUUGAAGAGAGUCGUUAGGAACCACAUUAUGUUCGCCACAUCCCUUUAAAAAAAACUAUUCCUUUUGAGAUGUCAAGGCCACACAGGCAUAUAAACUGUCCAGUCCAAGCCAGCCAUUCCACACUAAACCCAAAUACUAGUGUGGUGGUGUGUUUCCAUCCUGGUUCUCCUCUCCCUCCCUGGUACAGCUCUGCCACCAGCGCUGUGGGCACCAGGGACAGCCUCCAGUCCAGAUCAGACUCGCUCCCCAUCACAGUGUUUAUGCCGGGGGCAGAGGGCAUGCCACCAGCUGCCAGGGACAUCCACAUGCCCCCAUUCCACAGUGCUCUGGGUGCCAGCCAGCGAGUGGCAUUUCAUCUCUCGUACCCGCCGGCCGCUGCAGGAGAAGACCCAGAGUCGGAAAUCCUCCUGACACAUCUGAGGGGUGAUGAUAGCUAAUGCUAACCCUAACACAACUUCUGAGGGGUGAUGAUAGCAAAUGCUAACCCUAACACAACAUCUGAGGGGUGAUGAUAGCUAAUGCUAACCCUAACGAAACCUCUGAGGGGUAAUGCUAGCUAAUGCUAACCCUAACACAACCUCUGAGGGGUUAUGCUAGCUAAUGCUAACCCUAACACAACCUCUGAGGGGUAAUGCUAGCUAAUGCUAACCCUAACACAACCUCUGAGGGGUUAUGCUAGCUAAUGCUAACCCUAACACAACCUCUGAGGGGUAAUGCUAGCUAAUGCUAACCCUAACACAACCUCUGAGGGGUUAUGCUAGCUAAUGCUAACCCUAACACAACCUCUGAGGGGUAAUGCUAGCUAAUGCUAACCCUAACACAACCUCUGAGGGGUAAUGCUAGCUAAUGCUAACCCUAACACAACCUCUGAGGGGUAAUGCUACCUAAUGCUAACCCUAACACAACAUCUGAGGGGUUAUGCUAGCUAAUGCUAACCCUAACACAACAUCUGAAGGGUGAUAAUAGAUAACGUUAACCAAAUGCUUAGAGGUGUGAGAAAUAUUUUUGUCAUCAAAUUUCACUGAGUCAGAUUUUCAACCCGCCAAUGUUCUCCCUUUGAAAUGUAUUUACUUCUGUAUGUUUAUGUCAUGCUGUGUCUGUGCUGUAAUUCUUUGUGAUUUAAUGUCACCUUGAGGGUCGUUCUGUGCCAAUAAAUCUAAAGGGAAAUAUG